AACUCCCGCUCCCUCCCGCUGUCAAUUCUUCCUCACGGCUCCAGCUCGUGCUCGGUCUGUACCUGUUGAUCUUCAAGGCAAAGGCUCGCCUCUCGGCGCUGGGCAGGGACGCCAUCUACGGUUUCAUUUCCUGGGUAACCACCUCCUUCCUGGCUGAGACUCAAUGGAAGAGGAGGACGACUGCCCUGAAUUGGUGCCCAUCGACCCGCAGCCGAGUCCUGUCACUGAGCAGAUACCUGUCACCAUCAUCACUGGCUACCUCGGGGCAGGAAAAACUACACUACUGAAUUACAUCCUGACCGAACAACACAAUAAACGUAUUGCUGUCAUAUUAAAUGAAUUUGGUGAAGGUAGCGCCCUUGAGAAGUCCCUUGCUGUUGGCCAUGCUGGAGAACUGUACGAGGAGUGGCUGGAGCUGAGGAAUGGCUGCCUCUGCUGCUCUGUUAAGGACAAUGGUCUGAAGGCUAUUGAGAAUCUGAUGCAGAAGAAGGGAAAGUUUGAUUAUAUUCUUUUAGAAACUACUGGACUUGCUGAUCCAGGAGCUGUGGCCUCCAUGUUCUGGGUGGAUGCUGAGCUGGGCAGCGACAUAUAUUUGGAUGGAAUUGUGACUGUCAUUGACGCCAAAUAUGGUCUGCAGCAACUCAAUGAAGAGAAAACAGACGGACUAGUAAAUGAGGCUGCAAGGCAGAUUGCUCUGGCAGAUUUGACCAUCAUCAACAAGACAGACCUGGUGAAUGAUGAGGAGCUUGUCCAGAUCAGAGACGCUGUCCGGUCAAUCAACGGUCUUGCCAGGAUUUUAGAAACGCAGAGAUCAAGGGUGGAUCUCUCAAAGGUGCUGGACCUACACUCUUUCGACAGUAAGGACGGUGCAAAUCUGGCGGAGAAGCUUCAGCUCUUGAGCCCAACAAGACCUCAUCUGGACAAGAGCAUUUUAACGGUGACAUUUGAGACGGCUGGAGAUCUCAGCGAGGACGCUCUGAACAACUUCAUUCAGGAUCUUCUGUGGGAGAAGACGCUGAAAAACCAGGCGGGCCAGCCCAUGACCGUCAUCCGGUUAAAGGGAAUCGUGUCAUUCCCAGGUAAAGCCCACCAAGUCAUGCUGCAGGGGGUCCACGAGCUGUACGAGCUGAAUGAGACUCCACAGCUAUGGGAGGAGAAGUCGCGGAUCAGCCGCCUGGUCUUUAUAGGAAGGAAUCUGGACAAAGAUAUCCUGAAGGAACAUUUCAUCUCGACUGUGGUUAUGACAAGGGACUCGAGUUAACAGGUCCUGCCAUCCACAGUAGUUUGAAUCUGAUAUUGAGGCUUUUGAUUCUGAAUGUCACCAUCGGACCAAUAGGUUUGCUUCACUCCUGAAUAGAGCCAUAGUUCUGAUGCUAACAUACGCUAAUUUGUCUUAUGGAUUUCAGUCUCAAUCAAGGAUUUGACUUGCUGUUUUUUUAAUUAUUUAUUUCAAAUAAAGCUGUUGUUUCGCAGUACUUGUGUCGCUGCUUUCCUCCAACAAAAUCAUGUUUUUAAUCAUUAGUCGCCCGUC